AUGUGGGCGGCUGGUCAAAACGCGGAAAAGCCAAUUCUUUCAGCCACAAAGUUGGUGUACCACUUCAGACCCAUCAUGGUCCAGAGGCUGCUCUGGUCUUUAGAUGAUCUGGUGAAGUCAAAGUUCGGCCGUCCUUUUCCCCGUCAUGGCCUUCAGCUCCUGUUCUGGUUUGCCAAAGACUGUGUGACCUGUGAGCUUGUUAAAUGUGUUGUUGUAAUGAAGCUGGUGUCAGACUGUCACCCAGAAAGAGGCUGUUUUGGCUUCCACCUGUUCGGCAAUGUUGAGGAACUUCUGCCUGCGCUGGAGCGGCCCAGAAAGCGCAAGAAAAAGAUUGCAUACUAUGAAGUUGGCAACUUGAACCCAGAAACCUACCCAGCAUCUAAUGACCUCCCGACAUAUGUGACGCAAAACUAUGGCUUCGAUGGCGAUUUCAACACGGACCGUGUCAUCAUCAGUUACCAGGUGAAGAGCAGGGUGGUGGAGUCGAUCUACGUCACCAAGCAUGACAGCGCUGGCUCCGGGAGCUUCAGCCCUGAUGACACCUAUGAAGUCAGCUCUGAACUGAUCCAAGCUCUGCAGAGCCCACAUGUAGAUCUCAGCUCUUUUCUUACCCAGAUGGGCUUCUAUCAAGAUAUUCCCGUGGUGUUGUGGUGUGAUGAAUAUGAGAUACACGACGAAGGCGAGGAAAUGUUUGAUAUGUUUGACACCUUCUCUGGCUUUAAUGAAUUUUUUCAAGAAACCUUCAACCAGAAGUUUUUUGACAAGCCAUUCAGCCACGGAAAGAAGGUGCAGCGCAACGUCAAUGUAAUGUCCCACCACAGUGGAACUAUGACUAACUAUAACUAUAGUGAUGACUACAAGCACAACUAUAGUGAUGUCUAUAACUUUAACUAUAGUGAUGUGCAGCAUGACUACAGGAGGCCUAAAGAAAGAAAGAAACCAAGAGAUGUGUGGCAACAUAAUCUCCCCUCUGGUCUGGAGAGGCCUUAUAAUGCUAAAGGUUUUGAUGAUAAAGACAGGAAAAAAGGCGGAGGUUGGGGCGUCAGCCUGGUUAAGAUCCUCCUCGGUGCUGGAGCCCUGCUGCUUGCUGUCAGGUGUUUCAGUUGGCUGAGGAGUUGCUCUCAGUGAAAAAAAAAGAGCUGUCGCAUUUCCAGAGAACAGAGGAGGCCUCUCAGUGUCAGCCCUUUGACCAGCAGGGGGCAG